CGAGAGCGAACUAGUGAUGUACUGCUGUACAGUGUGAAUAUAGCGAAGGAACCAAAAUUUAUUCGCAAAUCGCAAGACAUACAUUUAACAAAAUUGAAAACGAAAGAAAAAAAAUAUAGAAGAUUAUUACAAGUAAAACAGAAUAGAACUGAAAUUUUAAUUAUACACUUGAAGUAAAACGAAGAUAAGAUACAUACAGAAUUCGAAAAACCGAGCAAGAACACUCACGACGUUGCAGCAUAAAUUCAUAGAAAAAUAUUUAUUUUAAAAGAAAAAUAAAGUGAUUUUUAAACAAACAAGCAAACAAGAAAGUGCCAAAAAGCGUGAUAAAAAUCAAAAAACGAAACAUAGUUAUUAAAAGUUAAAAUUAAAGAAAACAAACAACAAAAAUUUUACGAAGAACCAUAAAAAUAAGUAUUUUUUGUAACAAAUAAUUUAACAAAAAAAAAACAACAUAAAAGCAAAAUAAACAACAUUCGAAGCAACAAAUAUACUCGAAGUCAAACGGAAGUAAUACAGAUACACAAAUGCAAACAAUGGCAGUCACAAACACUUCAAAUGGACAACUAGAUGCACAAUUGGCGGCUCCAAAAUAUGGAACGCUAAUCCCGAAUCGAAUUUUUGUUGGAGGAAUCAGCGGUGACACAACAGAAGCAGAGCUCUGUCGAGUGUUUUCAUCAUAUGGAAAUGUUAAAUCAACAAAAAUUAUUGUCGAUCGUGCCGGCGUUAGUAAAGGUUAUGGAUUCGUAACAUUUGAAACAGAGCAAGAAGCACAACGGCUACAGGCUGAUGGUGAAUGUGUAGUGCUAAGGGACAGAAAGUUAAAUAUAGCACCAGCGAUUAAAAAACAGGCAGUUGUUGCGACAAAUGGUGCCGUAUAUUAUGCACCAACUCAACCAGCUCCAUUGAACAAUAUUCCGAUCGAUCAAUUCUCGGCUGCUGCGGCCGGAGUAUACUCACCAGCUGCUGUUCCAGCAUUAUAUCCGCAAACCAUACCAUACCAACCAUAUUAUCAAUAUUACAGUGUACCAAUGAAUAUACCGGCAAUAUGGCCACAAAGCUAUCAAGGUAUGUAUACCUUGAAUAUACGAAAAUAGUCCGGCGAAAAUAUUCCAUUUUUUCACAAUCGAUAAUAAUUCGUUUGUCAUUUCUUCUCUAUCUCUCUUUGAAUUGCCUAGGAAUCUACCCCUGUUAGAAAAUAAUCUUCAAAUACAAAAUGAUAAUAUUUAAAACAAAAAAAAACACAUAUAUUUAUAUAUAUUGAACAAACAAAAAUGAACAAAAAAAAUCACAAGAAAAAGAAAACCGAGAUUGGUACUAAUUGCAGACUGAUUUUUUGUUUUUGAUAACCUUUUGCAAGCGCUACCAAAAUACAGAUUUUUUGGUUAUCCGUUAAUUCUUAAUAAUUCUUACGAGAAAUCUACAUGUUGUUAUUGAGAGAAAAAAAAUCUAGAGUAAAAAAA